GAUACAAGAAGCCAAACAUGCUUUGUUCUACCACUUAUUCCCUUUUCGCUACCAUUUUCUCAGCACUAUUCCUUCUUUAUCCAUUAAAUGCUCAACUUAGUUCAACCUUCUACUCCAACACAUGCCCCAAUGUGUCUUCCAUCGUGACCAGUGUUAUUCAGCAGGCUCUGCAAUCUGAUCCUCGUAUUGCCGCGAGCCUAACUCGUCUUCAUUUUCAUGAUUGCUUUGUUAACGGAUGUGAUGCAUCAGUUCUGUUAGACCAGGGUGGCAACAUAACACUGAGCGAGAAAAAUGCAACUCCCAACAAUAAUUCCGCUCGUGGGUUUAAUGUAGUUGAUAACAUCAAGACAUCUGUUGAAAAUUCAUGUCCUGGUGUGGUAUCUUGUGCUGAUAUUCUUGCCCUUGCUGCUGAAGCUUCUGUGUCUUUGUCAGGAGGUCCUUCAUGGAAUGUACUACUUGGCAGAAGGGACGGUCUAAUUGCAAACCAAUCUGGUGCCAACACUUCCAUUCCCACUCCAUUUGAAAGCCUAGCCAACGUCUCAGCCAAAUUCUUUGCCGUUGGCCUAAACAUAAGUGAUCUUGUUGCAUUAUCUGGUGCACAUACUUUUGGUCGUGCACAAUGUCGAUUUUUCAACCAGAGGCUGUUCAAUUUCAGUGGCACUGGUAGCCCUGAUCCCACUUUGAAUUCAACCUAUUUGGCUACUCUGCAGCAAAAUUGUCCGCAAAAUGGAAGCGGGACUACACUGAACAACCUUGACCCUUCAUCCCCAAAUACUUUUGAUAACAACUACUUCACAAAUCUUCUUAAGAAUCAGGGUCUUCUCCAAACAGACCAAGAACUGUUUUCCACUAAUGGCUCUGCUACAAUCUCCAUUGUUAACAACUUUGCCAGCAACCAAACAGCCUUCUUCCUUGCCUUUGCUCAGUCCAUGAUUAACAUGGGUAAUAUUAGCCCUUUAACAGGAAGUCAGGGUGAAAUCAGAUCCGAUUGCAAGAAAGUCAAUGGAAGUUGAAAUCGAGAGGAUCAUCAUGAGGCACAAGUUGUUCUUGUUACAGUUCUCAGUUACCAUCAACAUAUCUUCAAACUAUAGCUUUUGCAUUAUUUGUGUGAUUAGGAUAUAGUAGCACAACAAAAUGUUUAAUAA